UCCACCCUCUAACCCCCACUCCAGCUGCAGACGCCACGGAGUUUGUGCAGGGGUGCAGCGCUCCAGCCAUGGCGCGUUCGCUCGCCCAUGACACCGUGUUCUACUGCCUGAGUGUAUACCAGGUAAAAAUAAGCCCCACACCUCAGCUGGGGGCAGCAUCAAGCGCAGAAGGCCAUGUUGGCCAAGGAGCUCCAGGCCUCAUGGGUAAUAUGAACCCUGAGGGCGGUGUGAACCACGAGAACGGCAUGAACCGCGAUGGCGGCAUGAUCCCCGAGGGCGGCGGUGGAAACCAGGAGCCUAGGCAGCAGCCGCAGCCCUCGCCGGAGGAGCCGGCCCAGGCGGCCAUGGAGGGUCCGCAGCCCGAGAACAUGCAGCCACGAACUCGGCGCACGAAGUACACGCCGUUGCAGGUGGAGGAGCUGGAAAGUGUUUUCCGACACACUCAAUACCCUGAUGUGCCCACAAGAAUGGAACUUGCCGAAAACUUAGGUGUGACUGAAGACAAAGUGCGGGUUUGGUUUAAGAAUAAAAGGGCUAGAUGUAGGCGACAUCAGAGGGAAUUAAUGCUCGCCAGUGAACUACGUGCUGACCCAGACGACUGUGUCUACAUCGUCGUGGACUAGCCCUAGAAUGCCAUCCUUCUUCAGGAGCUAGUUUGGAGAUGGGUUUUUCUGGUGCCACUGACACCUGGGCUGCCCAUGCCACUCAGGCUACCCUUAUCUCCUCUGAACUUAUGUUAUCAAUAAAGAGGCAAAUUCUCAAUA